GCAGGCAGCCAGACUCAAAUCUAUAAACAGCCAAGCAGUGAGCAAGGACAGCACAAUAACUCUACUGUGAAGUAAAGAAAGAAAAGGCAGAAAGACUGAACUCUCCUUUUUAUCUCCUGUCCUCUCCUCCUCUAUUGGUUCUUCCUCAGAAGAAUCCAGCUCUCCACAAUUUCUGAUUUCUGAUUUCUGAAGCUACCUGGGACUGGAUUCCAGUUUGGGAAGGUUGCAGAGGCAACUGCCUCUGUCUGAGGACAGCAACUUUUCCCCAGGGAGGCAGUGAUACACCAGGAGAACUGCUGACAUCUCCUCACAGCCAUUCCUCUGCAGCAGAUGUUAACAUCUCAAAGGACAUGGACUCCAGGAGGUGAGGAAGAAAGUCUAGGCCCAGAAUGUCUUCAUCCUGGUCUAAACUUUCAUAGCCCCUUGGCAGAGCUAAGACAUCCUGGACUUGGAUUCAGGCUAGAAUUGAAUGGUUUCUACUCCUACUGGAAGGCAAAAGUGGAAACUGAAUGGCUGUAUCCUGAAAAUCAGUUAUUUACAGGAAUAGAAACUGAAACCUUACCCCACCAAUGUUCCCCUCCCUGUGGAGCUGAGGCAGGCAGCCAGACUGAAAUCUACAAACAGCUGAGCAGUGAGCAGGGGCAGCACAAUAACUCUACUGUGAAGUGAAGAAAGAAAACCCAGGAAGACUGAACUCUCCUUUCUAGCUCCUCUCCUCUCCUUCCCUAUUCAUUCUUCCUCAGAAGAAUCCAGCUCUCCCCAAGUGACUUCUGCCUUCUGAAGCCACCUGGGACUGGAUUCAAGUUUGGGAAGAUUGCAGAGGCAAUUGCCUCUGUCUGAGGGCAGCAACUUUUCCCCAGGGAGGAAGUGAUAUCCCAGGAGAACUUCUGACAUCUCCUCACAGCCACCUCUCUGCAGCAGGUUACUCAACACUCAUCAACAUGGCAGAGGCUCCACUGUCUCCUAACACCAUGCUUUCUUCUUCCCACACUUCUGUCAUGUUGGACCACAUAUGCAGCAGUAUUUUAUCUAUGGAUAUCAUAAGGGACAUUGAGAAGGCCUGGAAAGAAGGGAAGUUGCUGGAAGUAGUCUCUGUGGUCAGGAAGACUGCAGAGACAGUGUCCAGAAUGCCAGUAAGUAUUGCUGUGACUGGGGAGUCAGGCAAUGGUAUGUCAUCCUUCAUCAAUGCACUGCGGAGGCUGCAACAUGAGGAUGAGGCCUCAGCUCCCAUUGGGGUAGUGAAGACUACCCAGACAAGAGGAAGCUAUUCUUCUUUCCACUUUCCCAAUGUGGUGCUGUGGGACCUCCCUGGCAUGGAGACUACUGCUCAAAGUCUGGAGAACUAUCUGAAUGAGAUGCAGUUCAGCCAAUAUGACCUCUUUAUCAUCAUUGCAUCUGAGCAGUUCAGCAUGAAUCAUGUAAAGCUUGCCAAAGCCAUUGAGGGGAUGGGAAAGAGGUUCUAUGUUGUCUGGACUAAGCUGGACAGGGAUUUCAGCACAAGUGCUCUCUCAAAUGAAAAGAUAUUGCAGAAUAUACAAGAGAAUAUCAAGGAAAAUCUUCAGAAUGAGGGUGUGAAGGAACCCCCCACAUUUCUUGUAUCCAACUUUGACCCUUCAUUGCAUGACUUCCCAAAGCUUAGGAACACAUUGAGAAUAGACAUCUCCAAAAUCAGGUGCCAUAGUGUCCAAAAGAUCAUUUUCACUAUCUGUGAAAACAUCAUUAAUGAAAGUGUGACCUCCCUUCUGAAGAAAAUAGACACAGGUGGUUUUCAGGAUGUUCUUGGCAUCCAGGAUCCAAAUAAUUUGGGUGAUUGUCUGAAAUCCUACAGAUUGUUCUUUGGUGUGGAUGAUAAAUCUCUCAAGCAGGUGGCACAGAGCAUAGGAAAGUCAGUUGAAGAGUACACAAACAUUGUGAAGUCCCAGGAUGCACAGACUUACCACCAAGAGAGCUCGACAUUGUCUUGGAUAGGAAAUAUUACAGUCUUUUACUUGUGUAUAGGUCUUAGCUACAUCCCAUACUAUGGUAACUCAGCUGCCAAGUACCUUAACUACAUGGAGCAGAGACGCUUGCUUGAAUCAGUUGCUAAGGACACCAAGACCAUCCUUAGGAAAGUCCUGGAAGACUUCAUCAACCUUGAUGAAGUACAUUAACAGGCUCCUUCUUGGGGAAAGUAUGAACAUCUGAAGCCCUCUUCUCAUUUGUGUGCCCUUACUGUCACUCAACCCUUUCAAUCCCAUGGAUAUAAGAGGAAUUUCUUUCUUCUAAUUGCAGUGUUACAUAUAUUUUGCAUGUGUUCCUUGUGAUGGUUAAUCUUGAUUUUCCUCUUGGUUGGAUUAAGAGAAGCCUAGAAAAUCAGUAAAUCACAAUUCUGGGUAUGUCUAUGAGGGUAUUUCCAGAAAUAAUUGGUGUGAGGGACAGAAAACUGAGUAAGAUGCACACUGAAUGUGGAUGGCAAUGUCCAAUAGAUUAGAGUCCAAAUGGAGCAAAAGCCAAAAGUGGAACAUAUGCAAGCUUCAGUCUCCUUCAACACAUGCACCUUUGCUGCUUUCAUCACCUGGGAAUGUUAGACUCCAGGUUCUUUGGUUUUUUCAAUAUGAACUCAUACCAAAAACUCUCCAGGGAGUCUCUAGGCAGUGAGCCUUGGACUGGGGCUGCAUCUUUGGUCCCUUUUGUUCUGAGUCUUCCAGGUUCUUGGACAGAACAUCUACUGGUUUCUCUGUCUAUCCAGCAUACAGAUGGCCAUUGAGGGACUAUUCAGCCUCUGAUCUUACACAUAAAACAUGAUAAGAUAAUCUAAUAAAUCCCCCUUUAUAUUAUAUAUACAUAUGUAUUUUGUGUGUGUAUGUGUGUGUGUGUGUGCGUGCACAUACACAUCCUAUUGAUUCUGUUCCUCUAGAGAAACCUAAUUAAUACAUUCCCCCUUAACACCUAAAGUUAAUAUUAUUUAUGUUUGAGACCUCUUUGUCUUUCUAUUUUCCUUUCUUCUUACCUGUUAUUCCCUGGCACAGAGAAAAGAGCUUCCCUUCAGAAAUGAUUAAGCAUGUGUUUUUAGACAUUCUCUGAAAAGCAUUUCUGGUACAGCUAGGAUUCCAAGGCUAAUCUGGCUGCCUAUAAAGCCCUGUUCUUCAUCAUCAUCUCCUCAGAAGAUGCCCAAACCUUCCAUGUAUAAAAAGGAUUUGGGAGGGGCUGGGGUUGUGGCUCAGCGGUAGAGUGCUCACCUAGCAUGUGUGAGGCCCUGGGUUCGAUCCUGAGCACGACAUAAAAAUAAAUUAAUAAAAAAUAGGUAUAAAAAGGAUAUGGGAGAUGAAUUCAAGUAUCAUUGUAAGUGGGAUUCACAAGCCAUUGAAUGGAAAGGCAACCUGACAAUUCUAAGUAUGACUGUCCCAUCAAAGUUGGAUCUAGUUAUAGCUCCCUCUCAUUCUCAUGUCAGACCUGGAUUUUUGUUGGUCCUGAGUGCACAACACAUCUCCAUUCAGACACUCCCUCUGCUCCAGACACAAUCUGACUCCUAUCACUUUUCCCCAGAGCUUUUCCCUUUCUUUUCUCACUCAGUUCAUCUGUUUUACUAUUUAUCAAUAGUGUUAGGUGUUCUCCUAGGAUCCUCCUUUCCCCUCAUUUCCAGAUUUCACUGAUGACCAAGUGCUGUCAAUUCAAUCUCUUUAACAUAUUUCAGUUCCUUGCCCUAAGUUAGAAUUCCUAAGUUAGACACCAUUUAAAUAAAUUACUAAUAAAGAUUUAGGUUUACUUUAUAUGUUAGUUAUAAGAAUAGAAAAGACUAAGAAUUUUCAGCCACAGAAGAAUUGACAUGAUAAUGAGAAAAAUUCUACCUUAAGUUCAAAUAUCCACCUAAUUUUUCUUUUGUGAAUAUGAUUCUGCUCCUGGUAAAAGUUUACAAAGGAAGCACAGGAAGUUUUUUUUUUUUUGUCAUUUUUAUACUUCUUGGAAAGAAAUUUCUCAAGUUAUCACACAUCAUCUCCAUCUUCCCUUUCUACUUUCUACUCAGUUGUACCCAGAAUACCUUCCUGCUUCCAAGCUCACAUUUCUCCUUUCUGCCUCUGGUUCUUGCCUGUCCAUCCCCAAUUCCAUCUGUCAUCUCUCACCAUGCCUGGUUUCAUACCAUUAUUUCCAAUAAUAGCAAACUGACUAUAUCAUCCAAUUACACCUGACUGUUUUAAGCUUCUAAAUCCUUGCCUUGAAUACUUUCAAACUCAUGCUUUGCACCCAGAACAAUUCCCAGCCAUAAGACAAGCUCUGGAAAACUAUUUUUCAUAUACUCCCAUCCUGCCUGGAAUACAGAAGAUGGCACAUAAACUAAAUAGCACCACCUUUACCUCUGUAUUAAGUGAUUAAAUUAAAUUAAUAACAUUCAGAAACAUACUUCAGAUAAUGUGAAUGUUUAUUAGGGUUGCAUUGUAGAGUUACUUUGGUUAAUAGUGUGAGGGAAGGCUGAGGGUAUAACUAAAUGGCAGAGCACUUGCCUAGCAGCAGGAUGCCAUGGCUUUGAUAUCCAGAACCAAAAAAAAAGAUAAUUAACUAAUUAAUUUAAUAUCAAAAGAGAGGGAAAUUAUAUUAGUUAAUAAAAACAACAAACUGAAGCAUUGUCACUAACAUAAAUAGCUUAAGAGUUCCUAAGUUAGACACCAUCUAAAUAAGUUAAUAAUAAUGAUCUAGGUUUAUUUUAUAUGUUAGUCAUAAGAAUAGAAUGGACUAAGACUUUUUAGCCAAAGCAGAGUUGAAGCUGAUAAUCAGAAAAAAUCUACUUUAAGUUUAAAUAUCCACCUUAUCUUUCUCUUGUGAAUGCAAUUCUGCUCCUGGUAAAAUGUGGGGACAAGUGCAUGGAGUACUUCAUAUAUGGCAUAUAUUGAGGGCAUCUGAGUGGCAGGCCACUCCCCUCUGGCUAGGCGCAUGAGCGGCACACCACUUACCCCCAUAGGCACAGCCCUGGGUGUAAGGCCAUGUAUUUCAGUCCUAGCGCUUGCUCCAUGGCCCGCUCCUAGAUUGGUUGCAGCAAGGACAGUUAGCAGAAAUUGCAUUGGUGACUGCCUGUAAUUUGCUUAGCUACUGCCUGAGUAUAUAUCGUGGUAACUAUGCAAUAAAAUCAAACCUGCUUCCUG